AUGAGAAUAGUUCAUCUUUUUGUAUUUAUAUCUAUGCUUUUAUUUGAAUGCAAGAAACAAAAAAUAAAGUCAUACAAGAUUGGGAAAAGUGUAAAAAGUUAUAAUUGUCUAAGCUUUAGUAAAAAUGAUGAUGUUUUAUCAAAGAAAAAUGUGGUGGGUGAUCAUAAAUUAACAAAAAUAGAAAAUAUUUUUAAUAAAAAAGGAAGAUAUUCCUUUAGUCCGAUUAAAAGGAAUAGUAUUAAAGAUAUCAAAAGAAAAAUAAGAUAUAGCAAUAAAAAUAUAAAAUUAAAAAACAAUAAAUUUUUUCGAAAAAAAGAAAUCCAUAAAUCAUUAAUUGAUAAUAUAAAUAAAGAAGUCUUAUCUGAAAAUAUAGCAUCAUUAGGUGGAAAUAAUUUAAAUGAAAAUGAAAACAAUCAAAAUAUAUUACCAUUACCUUUGACAAAUGUCGAAGAACAAGGAUAUAAUUGUUUGCUGUUAUGCAAAGGUUUACCUUUUCAUGUAAAUGAUGAUGAAAUAAUAAAAUUUUUUAGCCCAUAUAAAAUAAUGAAUAAAUAUAUUAUAUAUAUUAAAGACAAAAAUGGGAAUUUUUUUGGAGAUAUAUUAGUAAGAUUUCAGAAUAAAGAGCAAAAACAGUUAGCUCUAAAAAAUAAAAAUUUUAAAUUUUUAUUACAUAGGUACAUACAAAUAUAUAAUGUAAAUGAAGAACAUUAUGAAGAAUAUUAUAAUAUUGGAUAUAAAAAUCCACCGUCUUAUAAAAAUUAUGUUCCGAUAAAGAAUGUAAUAGUACCGAACUAUUUAGAUAAAUAUAAUAAUAUUGAAGAUGAGUUUGCAACAACUUUAUCCAACAACAAUAUGUUGAAUACAAAUAAUAUGAAUGAUAGUAGUUAUGAAUAUAAUGAUGAAGAUACAAUGUGGAUUAAAGAGCAUAUCAAUAAAAAGGGAAUAUUAUUAGAAAACUUAUAUACUGGUAAAAAACUUAUAGGGAAAAUAACAUCUGUUCAUCCUUAUGGUGUUUUUAUCGACUGUGAUGUUUAUGUAAAAAUUUCAAAAAAUAAAUUUAUAAAAAUAUUAGCACUUUUGCAUAAAAAUAAAUUAACUAUAAAUAUAGGAUUACCAUCUGAUUCGUUAGAGGAACAAGAACAAAAAGAAUUAAUUUUAGAAAAAAAUAUGAACAUAAUUGUAUAUGUUGAUAAAAUUAUAAAAAAAAAAUAUGAUAUUCAUGAUGCAAAAGAAAAUAAUCUAAUUUUUUUUAACCUCACUUUGGAUUCUUCUAUAACUGAAGAAAAAAUUAAAUGGUUUCAAAAAAAUAAGUUGAAAAAAGAUAUGCUGUUAAAGAAUAAUACAAAAAAUGAAAUCACGCCGUUUGAUCAGGUUUCAAGAAGUAAUUUCAAAGAAACGAGUCUUUUACACAAAAAUAAUAAGCCUAUGAACAGAUCAAAUAGGCUUUUUUUUAUAAAUAAUAUAUAUGAUAAAUAUGAUUAUUUUAUCAAUCUAAAGAAUAGAAAUAAAAGAAAGACAGAAAAAGAUGUCAUACAUAAUAGCGAAAAUGAAGAAGUAUCACAAGAUACCAAAAAUUUUAAACAAACAAAUGAUAAACGCAAUAAAAAAGGUGGGAAAAAAAUAAAAAUGAAGAAAAAUAAAUUACCUGGCAAUGAAAUAUUUGAUGAUGAAAAAGACGAAUUUAAUGAUAUUUUCAACUUUCAAAAUGAUGAAAUAGAUAUAUCAGAAGAACAAAAUGAAAAUUCGAAAAUAGAAUUAUCUGAGCAAGAUGAAAAUAACAUGAUUGAAUCUGUAAAUACUAAAAUUAAAAAAAAAGGAAUAAAUAAUUAUAAUGAAGAAAUGGAUGAGAUCUUAAAAAGUAUAUUUUCGAAUAAUAAAAAUGAUGGAGAUAUUAAAAUAAAAGGAAAAAAUAAAUUAAAUAAAAAUUAUGACGAAAAAAAAAAAGAAAAUUCCCAGAAAAUAAACCAUAUCAAAAAUGAAGAUGAAGUAAGGGAAAAUGUAAAAAUCUCAAAUUUAGAAAAAAUAAACGAACGAGCACAAUGGACUAAUGAUAUAAGAAAAGAGGAAUCUAUAUUUUAUUCAAAAAUGUUUGGAUUAAAAACAGAUAUUAACGAUUUUUAUUCCCCAAAUGAUUUAAACCAUGAUCAGAGUGAAAAUAAAAUGAAGAACCCUGACGAUGCCGAAAGCUACUCUAAUAUAGUGGAAAAUAAGAAAGAUGAUUAUGCUAAGUAUAAUGAAAAUGAAGAAAAUAAAAUAGUAUCGAAUAAAAAUGAGAAAAAUAAUGAAGAUUGUAUAAAAAACGAAACUAGUGAUAUAUGUAUCAAUAAAGACAUACAUAUUAACACCAAGUUAAAUAAAAAAAAUGAUAAUUUUCUAAACAUACUCGAAAAUAAUAAUGAUGAAAUACUAGACUUUUCAAAUUUAUCAAAAUUGUCUAUAGAAGAAUUAAAAAAUAAUAUAUAUAAAAAAAGUUAUUUAUUACCAAUAGACGUAUCAAAAGAUAGUUUAAGAAAUAGAUUAAUAGAAAUAUGCGUAUGUGAAAAGAAAAAAAUAAAAUUUGAUAAUUUUCCAUAUAUUAGAUAUUAUUUAUUUGAUUUUUAUCUAUCCACUGAAGAGAUUAAAUUAAUAAUUUUAUGUAAUAAAAAAUUUUUAAAUAAAAAAAAUAUUAAUAAAAUAUUUUUAGAUACCUUAAAAAUUAAUGAAUUAAAAUAUUUAUUACACCAAUCAAUGGAAAAUUUUCGAUUAUGGGAGCCAAAGGAUUCUGUAAAAAAAAAAAUACUAAAUUUAAAUAAAGACUUAUUGUUAAAGCAAGAUUUGACAAAUAUAGAAGAUAUACAACAUGAUAAUUUAAUCAUUUUAUGGAAUGAUUUUAAAAAUUACAUGUUAAAUUGUGUUUAUGUUCCUGAUGAUGGAAAUUACAACAUCCUUGAAUUAGAAAAUGCGGAUUUUCAAGAUUCAGAAAAUCCAUUCGAUAAAUAUCAUACUAAUAAUAAUAACACAAAUCCAAAUAAAUAUAUAAAUAUAUAUAUUAGUCGAAUGAGAAGAAUCGAAACAGAAGGUUUUCUUCUAAAUAAUGAUAUACCCUUUUGUGGAACUUUAGAAAAAGAAAAAAAUAUUGAUGAAAAUAAAAAUAAAUACAAUAAUUUAGACCCAUUUAAAAAUGCAUUCAUGGCAUUAGAAAAACAAUUGCAAAGUGAAGAAGAUUAUGAUUUACCUGAUAAAAUAGAUUUUAAAGAAGCAAUGAAAAUUUUAAAUGAUAAAUCACAUCUAAAAAAAUUAAAACGAUCUUUUAAUAAUGAAAGUGAAAAAGACGAUCAAAAUUAUAUCCAAAAAAUUAUUCAGCACAUCCUUAAAAAUAAACAAUAUUUUGAUUAUUAUAUAGAUGAAGAUCUUCUGAAAAAAAUGCCUUAUGAUGAAUUAAUUAUAAUGCUGGAUAAAUUGCCUGCUAAUAUUCUAGAAGAUUUAUUAUAA